UUUUUUUUUUUUAUUGUAUUGUAUUUAUUUAUUUCUUUUUUUUUUUUACAUGUUUAGGGGGGGAAAUUAGGGGAACAGAGGCAAAUAGCGUGGUCACCAACUAGCCCCGACCACCGUAGGCUUGGGACUUUCGACCUUCACGGAGGAGCAGCAAAACUAUCAACUCUUCUCUCUCUCUCUCUCUCUCUCUCUCUUCCUCUCCCCUUUUGUCUUCGCCCCCAAGAUCAACAACGACUUGGAGACCCUGGGCUUCUUCCAGAAGACCUCUGACGAAUCUCCCAGACCCACUUCGUUCUGUCCCGUCUGUGACCCUGAUUGCAGCAGUGUCUCAGACUCGGAUUUCUUGUGUGGACUGAGUCUGCGUAGCUCAUUGCACCUGGUGUUCAAACUCCUUCUCCUGGGACAUCUACAUGGAGUAGAAAAGAAAGGAGGCCAUAACGACCAUGUCCGUCAAUGGCCCUUGUGCCUGGGUGUCUUCGUUGUUGCCCCCCCCCGCUACCUCCCAUUCACCUUUAACCCCCAAUACCUGGCCCGCCGUCUCUUGGAACAGCGAGCAAGCCUCAGCAAAGUCAAAGGUCGCCCUUGCAGCAUUUUCAGGAUCGGGAGAGAAAGAAAUCGAGUUAACCAAGGCUUCAUCCGUCGCUAUGCAGUCAACUGUGACCAAGGCUGAGAAGGCCUUUCCGGUGCCGGGGGCUACAGGUCCAGGAGACGCUCUGCCGUUGAAUCGCACCGGAGGGCAGAAUGCUGCCCAUCAAGGUGAUACCCUGUCACGGAUGAAACUCGAGAGACUCAACCACCACGAGCCUCUCACCGUUGACACUCAAAAGACCGCCACCCCGCACGCGCAUGGGGGACUAUCCCCCAGAAUCAAAUCCGCAGAUCUAGAAGACCUCCCUGACGACGAGAAGGAUAAUGGCGAUGCAACCGUGGCCUCUUCCGAUGAAGGGGCAGGCUCGUCUAGCGAAAAGAAGUGCUCUCCAGACUCUAGGAAGAAGAUGAAGCGGUUCCGACUUACACACAAUCAAACACGCUUUCUGAUGAGCGAGUUCACCCGUCAAGCGCACCCCGACGCUGCACAUCGAGAACGAUUGUCAAGGGAGAUUCCUGGACUGACACCGCGUCAAGUUCAGGUCUGGUUUCAGAACAGACGUGCAAAACUCAAGCGACUGACUAGUAAUGAUCGAGAGCGCAUGUUGAAAUCUAGAGCGUUGCCAGAUGACUUUGAUACCACCCAGGUUCUCCGCACUCCGUUUGGUAGCAAACCCUCAGACGGACCCGUGCUCCUUACCGACGGCCUAUCACGACUAAACGACGAUGAAUAUGUCAUAUCUCCAUUGAGCUCGGCCUCAACAACCGGAACCGGCUUCCCUUCCGCUCCCUCUGAUAGGAGCAUCGACAGCUAUCACUCGGGCAGUGUUGCAAAUCGAGCAGACUUGCAACGGGGGAAUCGGGGCACUUAUCCGUUUCCAAGAUCCAGCAGUUUCUCCGAACCUUCGUUCAAUACGGGCCUUCAAUUUCCGGGCCGUUUUUCGAGACCUGGCGCAGAAGCGAUAGGCCAUCCUGGAAUUCCAUACCCACGACGACCGAUGGACUACGCAAUAAGUCGACCGCCGAAUGGAAUGAUGGUUGGUUAUACUCAACAUCGCCCGAUGGAAGGAUCCGUCUCACCUACUGGCCAGCAGGAACAACCAAUGCCAUAUGGCGUAGAUAGCAACCAGCAAGUACAUGGCUACCAAUCUGCGCUUUCUAUGCCUGCACCCAAGGCCUAUGGCGGGAUGGAAAUGAACUCGCACAUGCAACCCCACGGACGAAAUAUGACUACCCUGCAGCAUAUCCCCGUUUCCGACGCACCCGAUUAUCGUCCUUAUUCAUAUGACAAUCAUCCGUAUAGCAUGAACACCGGAAUUUCCUUUACCCAGGCCAACGCCUCGAGCUUGAGUCUUCCCGCAUCCUUUCCCUCCGAAACACAUAUCUCCCAAGGACCGGUUGGCAGUUCAGAAGAACGGAUGAGCAACCCUCCCCAUAUUCUAGAUCCCUUGAGGGCCAAAUUCGGCAACCAAACCUACGAAUACGCAAAUUAUCUAUAAACUUCCAUGCCUAUUCUCUAGCAACCUACACACACACACAUCCUCUCUCUCUCUCUCUCUCUCUUACCCACAACCUUACUCUCCACUACCUCCAGCAACAAAUACCUCACGCAGUCGCCCCGACCCGGUACAUUUAACCGGUUGAACAAAUUUUCUGCUUCUUCAACUUCUUUUCGGUAUAUAUAUUGCCGUUGGAUAUACUUCCUUAUAUUCACACCUCAUCUACGAGAUGCUAUACUCUCUUCUUCUAAUGUUUUUUACCAAAUUUUGAUUGCCCUUGCUCUUGCUAUUGCCUACCGG